CAGACGCCGUGGACCAGCCUGCCGAGUUCAACGAUGUCUUCUCUCAGGACUGUUUUAAAUGAAUCUCUCAUCAUUCAUCCUCCAGGCUUCUAUAUCAUCGGAUUUGAGACAUUUUCCUACAUUAGUGUCUACAUUAUAUUUCUAGCGUUUGUCUAUGUGGUCACACUAGUGUUCAAUAUUUUAUUGAUCUAUAUAAUUGCCCGUAACCACUGUUUACACACUCCAAAAUUUCUGGCUGUUGUAAACCUCGCAGUAAUUGAUGUAAUCUUAAACACAAGCACUAUUCCCAGCAUGAUUAAGACAUUCCUCUUCAAGGCCAACUUUAUUCCAUUCAACCUCUGUCUGUUGCAAAUGUUUAUGUACUACACUUUUGGGGUUUUGGAGUCAUAUGCACUCGCUAUACUUGCUUAUGACCGGUUGAUUGCAAUAUGUUUCCCUCUGCGUCACAACUCCAUCAACACAAUGCGGAGCAUGUCAUGUAUUGUCGGCCUGACUUGGUGUUAUGCUCUGGGUGUAAAUGCAUUUUCAAUAGUUAUAAUGACUCGACUUUCUUUUUGUAAUUCUGUCAGAGUGUUCAGCUAUUUCUGUGACUAUGCGCCUGUGUUUAGACUUGCCUGUAAUGAUUACACAUUGCAGGUGUCAGUUGCUUCAGCUUCUAGUAUGGUGAAUCUGAUGGGCCCUUUUACUUUUAUUAUUCUGUCUUAUGUCAGCAUCCUGGUCACGGUGUUCAGGAUGAAAUCACUAAGCAGUAGGAUGAAAGCUCUGGCCACUUGCAUUGAGCACCUAGUCCUUGUUGCCGUAUUUUACCUUCCGUUAUUCAGCAUUUUCUUGAUGGGGCUUUAUGUGCGAUCCAUUGACCCGGACCAGCGUGUGCUGAGCCUGUCGCUGGCCUCUUGCAUCCCACCCUGCAUCAAUUCUAUUGUCUAUUCUUUGAAAACCAAAGAGAUUAAAACCAGAGCCCUAGCACUGGUACACAGAGUGAAAUCAAGCCCUUGACCAUUUUCUUUACCAUUCAAAAGUAAUCUUUGAGAGUUUUAA